AUGGCCACCAAGUCCGUCAUCAGCGUCGAAUACCGCGGCCGCGUGGCCGUCAUCACCAUCGACAAUGAGAAAAAGCUAGGAGCCCUCUCGCAGCCGCAGUACUACGAGCUGGCGACCAAGAUGAACGAGGUGGCGGCACACGACGAGGUCUAUGUGACCGUACUCACCGGCACGGGACGCUUCUUUUCCGCAGGCGCCGACGUGUCCAUCUCCCGCGAUGGCCCCGAGGCCCCUUCGGACGCCCACAAGUUCUGGCUGCAGACGUUUGUCGCCUUCAACCUCAACAUCGCACACACCUUCGCCACCCACCCCAAGGUGCUGGUCGUCGGGCUCAACGGGCCGGUGGUCGGGCUGUCGGCGGCGCUCGUCGGCUGGGCCGACUUCGUCUACUGCACGCCGCACGCGUUCCUGCUGACGCCCUUCUCGUCGCUGGGCCUCGUCGCCGAGGGCGGUGCGUCCAGCGCGCUCGCGUCCCGGCUGGGGCCUGCGCGCGCCAGCGAGGCCCUCCUCAUGAGCAGGCGCAUCUCGGCGCACGAGCUGAAGCAGUGCGGGUUCGUCAACGAGGUUUUCGACUUUGGCGAGGCCGACGACGCCGGGUUUCGCGCCAGGGUCCUGGACGAGGUGGACGAGCGGCUGGGCGCGCACCUCAACGGCGAGAGCUUGCUGGGCAUCAAGAAGCUGUUGAGGAGGCCCGGGCUGGACGUGCACAACUCGCAGAAUGUGCACGAGGUUUUUGCCGGGCUGGAUCGGUUCGUGAGGGGAAUCCCGCAGGAGGAGUUUCGCAAGUUGGCCAGCGGCGAGAAGAGACAUAAGCUUUGA